GGGAGGAGAGGGAGAAAAACUAAAGGAGGCUCCCGGCAGGCAGAUCAAUGUGGAGCUGGUAAGGCGCUGCGACCGGCCCGCCAGCAUCCCGCCGGCAGCCGCGGCCGCAGCCGGGAGGACGAGCGCGCCCUCCCCAGCGCGGAAGAGGCCAGAGAGAAGGAGGCUGUGAGGGCUGCUGAAGAUGUCCGAUAGUCUGGAUAUUGAAGAGAAACCUCCAGCCCCACCAUUGAGAAUGAACAGCAACAAUCGCGAUUCUUCAGCACUAAACCACAGUUCAAAACCGCUCCCCAUGGCCCCUGAGGAGAAGAACAAGAAAGCCAGGCUUCGCUCCAUCUUCCCAGGAGGAGGGGAUAAAACCAACAAGAAGAAAGAGAAAGAACGUCCUGAGAUCUCUCUUCCUUCAGACUUUGAACACACCAUUCAUGUGGGAUUUGAUGCCGUCACUGGAGAAUUCACACCAGAUCUCUAUGGCUCACAGAUGUGCACAGGGAAGCUCCCAGAGGGCAUUCCAGAGCAGUGGGCCAGGCUACUACAGACCUCCAACAUAACAAAACUGGAGCAGAAGAAGAACCCACAAGCUGUUCUAGAUGUUCUCAAAUUUUAUGAUUCCAAAGAAACAGUUAACAACCAGAAAUAUAUGAGCUUUACGUCAGGAGAUAAAAGCGCCCAUGGAUAUAUAGAAGCCCAUCCUUCGAGCACAAAAACAGCAUCAGAACCCCCCCUAGCUCCUUCUGUUUCUGAAGAAGAGGAUGAAGAUGAAGAAGAAGAGGAAGAUGACAAUGAACCUCCACCUGUUAUUGCACCACGGCCUGAACAUACAAAAUCAAUCUACACACGCUCUGUAAUUGAACCUGCCGCUGCACCAGCACCAGCUAAAGAAGCCACCACUCCCCAACCUGAAAACUCAAACACAAACACUUUGUACAGAAACACAGACCGGCAGCGAAAAAAAUCCAAGAUGACAGAUGAGGAGAUCCUAGAGAAACUGAGGAGCAUUGUGAGCGUGGGAGAUCCUAAGAAGAAGUACACUCGAUUUGAAAAAAUUGGCCAAGGGGCAUCGGGAACUGUUUAUACAGCAAUCGACAUCGCCACAGGGCAAGAGGUGGCCAUAAAGCAAAUGAAUCUCCAACAACAGCCCAAAAAGGAACUAAUUAUUAAUGAAAUCCUGGUCAUGAGGGAAAAUAAGAACCCAAAUAUUGUUAACUAUUUAGACAGCUACCUAGUCGGUGAUGAACUCUGGGUGGUUAUGGAAUACUUGGCUGGAGGCUCUUUAACCGACGUUGUUACAGAGACGUGUAUGGAUGAAGGACAGAUAGCAGCUGUCUGUAGGGAGUGCCUGCAAGCACUGGAUUUCCUUCAUUCAAACCAAGUGAUUCACAGAGACAUCAAAAGUGACAAUAUUCUUCUCGGAAUGGAUGGAUCUGUCAAAUUGACUGAUUUUGGCUUCUGUGCUCAGAUCACCCCUGAGCAGAGUAAACGGAGCACAAUGGUUGGGACUCCUUACUGGAUGGCACCAGAAGUGGUGACAAGAAAAGCAUACGGCCCCAAAGUGGACAUCUGGUCACUUGGGAUCAUGGCAAUAGAAAUGGUGGAAGGAGAACCUCCUUACCUUAAUGAAAAUCCUCUCAGGGCGCUGUAUCUGAUAGCUACGAAUGGGACACCAGAGCUGCAGAACCCGGAGCGACUGUCCGCUGUGUUUCGUGACUUUCUGAACUGCUGCCUGGAGAUGGACGUGGACAGGCGAGGGUCUGCCAAGGAACUUCUGCAGCAUCCAUUUUUAAAAUUAGCCAAGCCUCUCUCCAGCCUGACUCCUCUGAUCAUUGCAGCAAAGGAAGCGAUUAAGAACAGCAGCCGCUAGCGCUUCAAGCCGGCUUUCUCCCAUGCCAGCUCAGAGCAGGACUGAGAACAAAAACUCUGUAAAACCUCAACUCUUGUGCUGCAGGACAGAUGGAUGGAUGAACAAACCAACGGUCACAGUCAUGGUGGUAGGAGGGAGAACAACCCAGUCCCUCAAGGAGUAAAAAAUUAUCAUUUGUCUUC